AAUCGUUUACAUUCUCGCAAUCAUAUCGCCGAAGCGCGUUUGGACGCUCAACAUCCAGCAUCUGGUAGUCGCUCAUCAGCCUAUCACUUAGUGUGGUCCAAGCAUAGACCGCACUAUAUUCACCCAUACAAGAGGAUCACACAACGCUCUAGGACAACAGCGGACUGGAGUGCCACAUACACUCCUGGAGACCUUGGAAAUUUCAAAUCUGUCUAUCAAAUUCGGGCCGCAUUCAGCUUUCUCCUAAUCGUCACCUCCCUGGGAAUUCUAGCUGCUGCGAUCAUAAUUCGUAAACGUGGGACGAAAGCCGGCAUCGUUCUCUUCAAGAUACUCGUUAUAUCACUCAUAAGCUAUGCCAUAUCCAACCUUAUGCCGGCCAUCGUUUACAGCAUUUACCUGGCCGACACGACGGUGAAAUUAGCUAUUCAACUUGCAUUCAUUAUAGAAGAACUGACAUACCUGUUCGCACUAUGGACAAUCCUCCUCCUCCUCUACCGGUUCAUCAACCGCUUCCAAGAGUGGUCCACAGGUCGAGUGUCAAUCGUCUUGAUGCUUGUUCACGGAGUAAUUUUUGGUCUUAUGGGUGUUCUUUGCGUUGCGGAGCUCGCGUUAUAUAUUGGCUCCACUGUGAAGACAGUUGAUAGAAGCCAGAGGUGGAUUCUAUCUUGGCAUUGGGUGCAAAGUGUUCGAGAAAUCGCUCUCUGGGUCGUGUCUUUCGAGAUUGCGAUCUGGGCCUCGGUUGUGGAGGUUCGAGCAUCGAAGGUUGACAGGAUGGCAAGACCAUCCACUCUCUCCUUCUUGCUAGCGAGUAUCGGCUUCUUCGCCAUGAACAUGAUGUGGGCGAUGGUCACCAUUCGGUGGGACAUCGUCGCCUACCAUGGGCAUUCCAGCAUUUAUCCGCGAGGGAUCUAUUACUUUGAGACUGUUUUCGUGUUCAUUUGCAUCGUGCUCACUUACACCGGGAUCCUGACGUGCUGCACCCGUCUAGCCGGUCUCAAGGACUCCGAUAUCUUUCAAACAGGUACGCCCACCGACUAUCCUGUGAUGACAUACGAGCAUCCAUACACAAAACCUUCGGCGAUAGAGUCAAGACUGAUGAUCACAGAAGCAGACCCAUCUCGGGAGUUCUGGGAAGCUGGAUCGCGGCUGAUUCACGAGGGCGAUGCGAGGUUCAAGAUUCUCCCGCGAAAGCCGCAAGCAGCUCAAGCAUACUGA